AUGGGCGGCCACGGUGAGGCGACGGGGACGCCCGAUCCCGUCGACAAAGGGUUCGCCACGCUCAAUACCAUCAGAAUCGGUGUGAAGGCCAUGGUGCAGAAGGAUGGAGAACUGCGAAAGGCUGAAAUUCUGUCUAUUAGGCAGCGGAAGGAUGGUCCUUCAUUCUACGUACAUUAUGUCGACUUCAACAAGCGUCUUGAUGAAUGGGUUGCAUCUUCGCGCAUCGAUCUCUCCCACGAGGUUGAAUGGCCCCAGCCAGAAAAGGCUGAUAAGAAGAAGACCGGCGCUGCUAGCAAGGCGGCGCCCAGCAAAGCUGCAAGUGCCAAUAAGCGUGUCCGGGCGGACAGCCGGGAUCCGUCUCAGACGCCCGAUAUCUUAAGCGGCAAGAAUGUCAACGUCGGCAAAGCAUCACGACCCCCGAAGGCCGGGGGCAAAGAAAACCUCGGCACCGAAACACCUGGUGAGACCUCGGCGUUCCCAUCUGCGGCCGUCUCGUCAGUCGGGACGCCCAAGGCCACCGAGUCCGACGACUUUGAGAUGGCGGAUGCCGCAGCAGAGGGCAAAUCAGGCAACCCAGAUGAAGUCUACAUGGCGUCUGGCGAGGUGAUCUCGCGUGGCGAGGAAAUCGAGCGACUCCGCACAGGCGGUAGUAUGACCCAGAAUCCGACGGAGAUUCAUCGUGUACGAAACCUGACCCGUCUCCAAAUGGGCAAAUACGACAUCGAGCCGUGGUAUUUCUCCCCGUAUCCGGAUUCAUUCUCGGACGUCGACCUGGUCUACAUUGACGAGUUCUGCCUAAGUUACUUUGACAACAAACGUGCUUUCGAGCGCCACCGCUCAAAGUGCACCCUGGUGCACCCACCCGGUAAUGAGAUCUACCGCGACGACUACAUUUCCUUCUUCGAAGUCGACGGCCGUCGCCAGCGGACCUGGUGCCGAAAUCUGUGUCUACUCAGCAAGCUCUUCCUCGACCACAAAACGCUAUACUAUGACGUCGACCCAUUCCUGUUUUACUGCAUGUGCACCCGCGACGAGACAGGCUGCCAUUUCGUUGGCUACUUCUCCAAAGAAAAGGAUUCCGCCGAGGGAUACAACCUGGCCUGUAUCAUGACUUUGCCGCAAUAUCAACGUCGUGGCUUUGGUCGUCUGCUCAUCUCCUUCAGUUACGAGCUCAGCAAGCGCGAAGGCAAGCUCGGCUCGCCCGAGAAGCCGCUCAGUGAUCUGGGUCUACUCGGGUAUCGACAGUACUGGCGCGAGACGCUCGUGGAAUUACUUAUCGAGCCCAAUCGAGAAGCUAUGAGCGAGAACGAGCUCGCUGUGCUCACCUCCAUGACUGAGAAGGACGUCCACGAGACUCUGGUAGUCUUCAACAUGCUCCGGUACCACAAAGGAAACUGGGUCAUCGUACUCACAGACCAUGUCGUUGAGGAACAUGAAAAGCGCCUCAAAAAGGAGGCUAUCAAGGGGGCGCGCAAGAUCGAUCCCGCCCGUCUCCAGUGGAAGCCUCCUGUCUUCGCUGCUUCCAGCCGGACCUGGAACUGGUGA